AUGUUAAACGCAUGGCGAGAAGAACGACUGACUAAAUUUGCUCGUUUAUAUGAACCACUCCGGCGAGACCAAGUAAGAAAAGAGGAGCGGUCGAGGGACGAAAGGUGCGAGAAUGAUGCGAGCAUCAACGGCAGCGAGAUAGUUUGGGUAGACUCUAUCUGUGUCCAGAGCGGAAACAAUGCAGAACGUCGGAAAGCUGUCAUUUUGAUGAGCAGAGUUUACCGGAAUGCAAUGAGGAUUCUCCCCCGGAUCAGUUCUGGAAUCGAGCAUGGAUCUCGUAAGAUCAAGCUUAGCAGGCGUACCAAGAAAGCCAUCGCCUUCGAAUUUGCGUGUUUGUUCGCUGCUCUGCUCAUGCAGAGACCCCCAGAAAUGAUAUGGGAAGAGACAAGUGGGACUGGAUUGCCUCCAGAAGUUAUAACCGUGUCUCCAAGUGGCCCAUCGCGAUGGUUAGCGGCCAAGGAAGAGCUAUCGCUGAGAUUUGGCGACCAUAAAAUACUGCAGAACAUUCUGAAAGAGCUCGCAUCUUUGGUCGCACAUAUCCACAUAUCGACCUGCCUGUCUAGGCCGCAUCCCCUCCUCAUCCUCUUCACAAACGUGGCAUUCGCCUUUCCAAUAACGUAUUUGCGAUAUACAAACAGGGCGGAUCGACAUCAGGACGAUAUCAUAAUGGGAGGGAUGGUUCUGGCGGUGGUGUUGGCCUCGAUGACGCAAGAUAUUUGGGAAACAACAAUCAAGAUAUUACCAGCGUCCAUCAUUUUUGGAUUGGUCUUGAGCUCGUUAAUACAUCGUGUUUUUGGUCUGCGGAGCAGGAGCUGCGAAAGCAAUGUGGAAAAGAUUUGA